AUGGCGAGGGAAGGCUUUGCCAUUCGACUCAGCGCUGAUCGAACACGGAUGUGGAGGAUCGGCACGGCUGAAUUGGUUUCACAGGGCCAGAAUCUCCGCACCUCUAAGGAUUUAGGUCUGUUCAGUCAAGAAAUGAAGGCAGAGGCAUACAGAGAAUGGUCCGAGAUGUACCUCGAAGACGUGCCUGGUGGUAAACUUCAACUGGUUAACGACCUUGACGCAGCAGUGGAAGUAGACAGCGGCCGUGGAUGGCGGAUCUGGUACCCCAAUCAAAAGCGUGAGCUGUCACAAGAAAGCUUCAGCAUCCGCUUGCGAGAGGACCAAGCUGUCAUGUCCACCAUUAGCCAAGGCCGCGCCUCGGGUCCGGAGCACUGCUUGCGCACGUCAAAAGACCUGGAAGCGUUUAGUGCGAAAGCAAGCAGCUGGGUAGCCAACGAGCAGAAAGCUGUUCAGAAGGAGAGAGAAGAGCGGCAACGCAGGAAGAAGCUGUCUGAAGCCAAGGUGGAACGGAGGGUUCGAAAGUUUGCAGUCAUGGGGUUCCUGAUCCUACUGUGUACCGGAGUUGUUCUCAUCCCGCUUAUGGCCUCCAUAGGCUUGUGGUCUCACGCUUGCGCCGGACUUGGCAUGGCACUGCUGUGUUUUCUCCUCUACUUGGCAGCGCCAAGGACCAGAAGGUGUGUUUGCAUUUUCAAAGCGGUUACAAGGAUCUUAGCUCGGUGUGGCAUUGCGACCGGAGUUGCUACAGCUGUCACGCUCCUUGUCCUCCGUGUUCAGUCCAAUGGUCUGGAGGAUCCGGAAGAACUUGUCCGCAACCACCCCAUGGGCUACCUCCUCUUCCUCUUUUUCGGCGCUUUCGCUGGCACCUUGGCUCGCUCGCUCUUGCCGGAUGGCCCGGCCCGUGAUGAUCUUCGCGUCGAGUCCCGCCGGCGGCUUCUAGAAGAAACCAUCGUCUUUCAAGGUAGGGUGAUGGAAGAACCAGGGAAGCCAUGCAUCACUUCUUGGCCGGGCAAAUAUGCCACGGCUUGGGAUUGCUUGGUCGACAGCGCACGCGAGGGGGAGACGAGUGCCGCAGUGGUUUUCCUGCCGGAAGGCACGAAGGAGUUCGGAAAGCACAGCACCAUCCCGCCCUCCGAAGGUUUGGCGGGUGAUUGCUGGUGUACCCCUCUGUAUGGAGAGCAAAAGCCUUGGGGUUGUAAGUGGUGGGCUUUAUGGAUUGAGAAUGUUGAGAAAGCUGUACAAUGCGGUGCUGAGCUCCACGUGUAUUUUUUCCAGCAAGCAUGCGGGCAGGGGAAAGUGGAGAACUUUGACACUGCUGGUCGCGAGAAUCUCAGAAUGGAGGCCAUAAUCGCGAGAAUGAACAAGUUCGAGGAGUCUGAAGAGUAUCGAUGCGCCAGCGACGCCGGCAUCGAGAAUCUAUGCAAGAACAGGCGCCACGACUCCUCCUCGCAACAUAGCAGAGAGAAACACAGACUUUUCCUACAGUGGCUUCCGGUUGAAGACGGCCGUUGUCUGAAAGAAUCCGAAGGUCUGGGAAACUCGCAGAAAGCAGAAGUCGCAUGGCUCGAGCGGAAAGGAUACCGCUACACCGAGGUUGACAUCUCGAGGUGGCUGCGGCCAGAGGAGCCCCAGGAGGAGAUCCCGAUGGAAUGA